AUGGACACUGACUGCUCAAAUCACUUAACUGGAAAUAAGAAAUGGCUAAUUGAUUUUGACUCCGGUAGAAAGACUAAGAUCAUAUGUGCUGAUGACGAGUAUCUGAAUUCCGAAGGAAUAAGAAAUGUCAGAGUGAAAUUGAAAAAUGACAAAAUUGUACUUCAAGGAUGCAUGAUUGUGUUACCAGAUAAAUCAUGUGAUAUAUGCAUGAGAGGAAAGCGACCAAGAUUGUCAUUCUCAUCAGAAAUGCCUCCAAGAGCAACUCAUGAUUUAGGUAUGGUGAAUUAUGAUGUAUGUAGUCCAUUUGAGGUGUUUGCUGAGUUCAAGAAAUUCAAAGCGAAGGUUGAAAAUCAAAGUGGACUAAGAUUGAAGAUCUUCAGAAACGAUGGUGGAGGUGAUUUCAAUUCAACAGAGUUCAAGAAUUUUUGUGAGGAACAUGGUAUUGAGCAUGAGGUCACUGUUCCAUACACUCCACAUCAUAAUGGUCUUGUUGAAAGGGGAAAUAGAACUUUGUUUGACAUGACAAGGAGCAUGAUGAAGGAGAAGAAUCUAUCUCACACAUUUUGGGGUGAAUUUUAUUAUGCCUCUAAAGGAGAUUCUUUCUCUGAAGGAGGUUCUGACUCUGAAGGAGGUUCUGACUCUGAAGGCGUGUCUGGCUCUGAAGAUGACUCUGACUCUGAAGGUGUGUCUGACUCUGAAGAUGACUCUGACUCUGAAGGUGAGUCUGGCUCUGAAGGUGACUCUAACUCUGAUGGUGGACCUGACUAUAAAGGUGAUCCAACCUUUGAAGGUGGAGCUUCUAAAGGUGGUCAUGCCUCUGAAGGAGAAGUCCUACAGAAUGCAAUGAUGAUGGACUAUGAACCUAUCAACAUCAAUGAGGUUCUUAAGAAGAAGGUGUGGGUGAAUGCCAUGAAGGAAGAACUUGAGUCCAUUGAAAGAAAUAAGACAUGGGAAGUGACUGUUCUACCUCAAAACAAGAAAUCCAUCGAUGUAAAGUCAGCUUUUCUAAAUGGUCAAUUGCAAAAAGAAGUGUAUGUGUUACAACCUCCUGAAUUUGUGGAAGAGAACAAAGAAGAGAUGGUGUACAAGCUGCAUAAAGCCUUAUAUGAGUUGAAACAAGCUCCAAGGCAUACUUCUAAUGAAAAUGUGAGUAUGAUAUGUCUCUAUGUAGAUGACAUACUUCUGACAGGGAGUUGUACUUCUGAGAUAAACAAGUUCCAAAAGGCGUUGAUGAAUACAUUUGAUAUGACUGACCUUGCAAAAAUGGUAUAUUUUCAAGUAAUGGAGAUUUUACACUCUAAAAAGGGAAUCAAUGUGCAUCAACUAAAGUAUCAACUUGAGCUGCUGAAGAGAUCUGAGCUGAUGAAUUGUAAGUCAGGAGUCAUACCUGCUGAGACAAAUCAUAAGUUGGAUUAUGAUGUUGAUGGUGAGGAUGUAGAUGCUAUAACCUUCAAUAGUUGGUUAGAUAAGAAACCAGUGGUUGCACUAUCAACUUGUGAAGCUGAAUACAUAUUUGGUGCGUUGUCAGCAUGUCAGGCUGUUUGGAUAAUGAAUUUGCUGCAGGAAUUGAAGUUCAAGGUGAGCAAACCAAUAAGUUUAAUGAUAGACAACAAAUCAGCCAUAACUCUUGCAAAGAAUCCAAUGAUGCAUGGAAGAAGCAGACACAUUGAUACUAAGUGUCAAUUUUUACACAGUCAAGUUCAGAAUGGAGUACUUGAGGUUGUUCACUGUAGUACUCAUAAGCAACUUGCAGAUGUGAUGACCAAGGCAAUCAAAACUGAAUAUUUCAUCAAUUUGAGGGAUGAAAUUGAUGUUGUUGAUUUUUAA